GAAACACAAACACACGGAAGUAAUGGCAGUGAUUUGAGUGUAUAUAGCUCUAAAUAAAUUCACGUUUACUCUUGAGCAAAAUGGACUUCGACAAUGUUAGGCGCGCGUCAUCUGCUGGCUACCGGUUACCGGAGCGGGCGAAAGGGACCGGGCCGAAAACAAAGCAAGUUGCACCUGCGGCCAAAAGUCAGCAGAGUGGAAAAGACACGAGGCCCACGGCGCGGGAUGCAGACGCCAGUGAUCCGGUCAAACGAGACCGAGCCUGGAAAGAAAUGGUGUGGAGCGAAAGGGCGGCGGUUCUGGAAUGGGAUAAGAAUUGGAGUUUCCUGCGGAAUUACGACCAGUUGGGAGAGUUGAAGACAGACGAGCCUUUACCUGAUAAUGCGUCGCUCUUUUCCGAUUGUGCCCCCAACACCACUAACCAAAUAUUUGGAAGCCGAUUGUCGACGCCACUGGGACGUGAACUGAUUAGACUAGACAGACUUCUAUCCUGGUCUGCAAGCCAUCACAAAUGCAAACAGGAUCCAGAGAUGAUGUCAUACUAGAUAACUCACUCUUCUUGACGCAUGAGUUGACCAAGGUGGGAUAUUCCUGUCCUUACAUGGUGCUCAGUUUUGUUUCAUUCGAUUUUCAGCUUGCCAUAACGGCAUUAGGUUUAUUUGUAAUCAGAAUGUAAUCUAUAUACAUAGUUACAAAGAAAAAUCCAUUGUUUUUUCAAAUAAUGUUCACCUCAUAUUCACCAAAAUGCAAUUUAACAAUAAGAUAAAUCCUGUUCAAACUGAUUUCCUUAUUUUGGGAGAAGCUAAUGCAAGCCUUUAUCUCAAGUAGGCUUGACUAUUGUAAUGGUCUUCCGACUGGAAUACCUAUUUAAGAGCAUUAAACAGCUGCAGCUCAUUCAGAACAAUGCAACUCAGGUUCUGACCAGAACAAAGAGAUCAGAACACAUUAGUCUCAUUCUAAAGUCCCUACACUGGCUCUCGGUCAGCUUUAGAAUAGAUUUUAAAGUUCUGCUACUGGUCUAUACAUCGCUAAAUGGUUUAAGGUCCUGAAUACAUUAAAGUAAUGCUAAUGGAGCAUAAACCCAGUAGGGCUCUGAGAUCUACACACUCAGGUCAGAUUGUCUAAAGCAAACAUGGUGAAGCAGCUUUUAGCGCUUA